UCUCUAUUGUGCUCUCUGUUUAGCAGCUAUAAAGUUGCCAGGCAGGAUUUGUGUUGUGGAAACCCAAGGUUGGGUUGCUAACAUAGUCAGAGCUGUCAGUUCAUCCAGCCAUUCAUUCAGCUGUUUAAUAUUCCUGUCAAGAGCUCUGAACUGUCUAGCCUCAUGCAGAACCCAGAGAAACCUCCGAAUGAACCUGCUGGUGCACAGAUGGAAAGCGAUUCUUAUGAUUUGCCGUCACAUGAUGCUGUCUCUAAGAUCCUGUCGGAGUAUCUUCACCUCCUCAAAAAGCCUAAAACUCAGAGCAGGACAGAAUUUGUACCACAGAAGAAGUCAAAGUCUCAGCUCAACCAAACGUUUGAUGUUUAUUCACCACUCAAAAGUCCACCAGUGCCUGAAUUUGAAGAUGACCCUCAUGCAGGUGAAGUCACUGAACAUCAGGUUAAAGAGUUGGAAAACUAUCGUGCGGCGAUGCAUAAGAUGGCGGAUGACAUCCUGGCCUUGCGCUCUCAGGUGAGCGUGCUAGAGUCUGAGAACAGUCAGCUGCGACAGGACCUCUCUCUGCAUCAAGACCUGGGCCGCACCCUGCUGGACGACACCGACAUUGACGUCAUGACCAAGGCUGAGAUUGCUGACCGGAUCGCCUCUCUGAAGUUCAAGCUGUCUAGUGAGAGCAGUAAAGCAGCUGCCCAGAAGGACAGAAUCCAACAGCUUCAAAACGAGCUCAUCAGGAAGAACGACAUUGAGAAAGAGUUUGUGCAGCUGCAAAGAGCACAUCAACAGCAGCACGCUGUGCUAAAGAAAUAUCAGGCCCGUAGUGGUAAAAUAUCUGCACUGGAGGAUACAGUUCGCCAACAGGAAAAGGUCAUUGAGAAGAUGGAGAAAAUACUGGAUGCAAAACUGAAAGAAAGAAAUAAAGAGAAUUCAGAGAAGAAGAGAACAGCUGUGAAACAUAAAGAUGAAGAGGAGCUCAAGAGGAGAGAGAUCGAGUCUGUGCUGGCGGCAGAAAACUCUCGACUCAGAGAAGAGCUGCACAGACUGCGAAAUUUACCACCACCUGUCAUCAUUCAACAGCCUGUGCAGUCCCAUCAGCCUUUCUCAGACAGUGAGAAGCUGGAGUUAUUGACACAGCUGGCGAGAGCUGAUGGUCGAAUCCAGACACUGGAACAACAGCUGAAAGAGAACUCCAGACAGUGGGGGAAAGAGAAACAAGAGAUGUUGACCAGACUCAGUGAAUAUGAACAUGGAUUUGCUCGAACAUCAACUAUGAUUCUUCAUGAUCUACCCAUGAAAAGUGUGACUGAUUCUGUUUUGGGACAUCCUCGACACAGGCAGCUGGAACCUCUGAAGUGACCACAUCUUAUCAAUCUCUGCUAUCUGCUGGAGUUCAGCGGUUUGAUAGUGAGCAUGAUGGGCUUCUCAGGCAGCAGGAUGAGCUCAAACGUGCUCCUCACCUCCACCUGCCUCUUCUUUUCAAACCUGAAGUUCUCCAACAUCUAUAAAGAUGACAAAACAGC